UUUCCCCCAUCGCCCUAGAUUAGAAAGCCAGCCAGGUUCCCGGGCUCUUGGUAGGUGUGAAAGGAAGAACCGAGGUUGGGAUCCACGCCUCUAGCCAUGCUCGCUGCUACCUGUAACAAGAUCGGCAGUCCCAGCCCGUCGCCCUCCUCCCUCUCGGACAGCGCGUCCUCGUUCGGAAAAGGCUUCCACCCUUGGAAACGCACUUCCUCUUCCUCGUCCGGCAGCUGUAACGUAGUGGGCUCCAGCCUUUCGGGCUUUGGGGUAUCGGGGUCCUCCCGGACCGGGGGCUCGUCCUCAGCGGCUGCAGCUGCAGCGGCGGCGGCAGCGGCCGCCGCGGCUCUUGUGUCGGACUCAUUCAGCUGCGGCGGCUCGCCGGGCUCCAGCGCCUUCUCGCUCACCUCCAGCAGCGCUGCUGCCGCGGCUGCUGCUGCUGCCGCGGCCGCCUCGGGCUCGCCCUUCGCCAACGACUACUCAGUCUUCCAGGCCCCCGGUGUGUCGGGCGGUGGCGGGGGCGGCGGCGGGGGUGGCGGCGGCGGCGGCGGCGGCGGAGGCAGUUCGACCGCGGCAGCGCACAGCCAGGACGGCUCACAUCAGCCAGUGUUCCUGUCCAAGGUGCAUACGUCGGUGGACGGCCUGCAGGGAAUCUACCCGCGCGUGGGAAUGGCUCACCCGUACGAGUCGUGGUUCAAGCCCUCGCACCCUGGUCUGGGCGCUGCUGGGGACGUGGGCGCGGCAGGCGCCGCCUCCAGCUGGUGGGACGUGGGAGCUGGCUGGAUCGACGUGCAGAACCCCAACGGGGCGGCCUCGCUGCCCGGUUCGCUGCAUCCGGCUGCGGGGGGGCUGCAGGGCUCGCUGCAUUCGCCUCUGGGCGGCUACAACUCGGACUACUCGGGCCUGGGCCACUCGGCCUUUAGCAGUGGCGCCUCGACGCACCUGCUCAGCCCGGCCGGGCAGCACCUGAUGGACGGCUUCAAGCCGGUACUACCGGGAUCUUACCCUGACUCGGCCCCGUCGCCGCUGGCCGGCGCCGGAGGCUCUGUGCUGGGCGGUGGCGGGCCGUCCGCGCCUCUGGGGGGCUCCCCGCGCUCUUCUGCCCGCCGCUACUCUGGCCGCGCCACCUGCGACUGCCCCAACUGCCAGGAGGCUGAGCGGCUGGGCCCGGCCGGUGCCAGUCUUCGGCGCAAGGGCCUGCACAGCUGCCACAUCCCGGGCUGUGGCAAGGUGUACGGCAAGACGUCGCACCUGAAGGCGCACCUGCGCUGGCACACGGGCGAGCGGCCGUUCGUGUGCAACUGGCUCUUCUGUGGCAAGAGGUUCACGCGCUCCGACGAGCUGCAGCGGCACCUGCGGACCCACACGGGCGAGAAGCGCUUCGCCUGCCCCGUCUGCAACAAGCGCUUCAUGCGCAGCGACCACCUCAGCAAGCACGUCAAGACCCACAGCGGCGGCGGCGGCGGCGGCGGCGGCUCGGCGGGCUCUGGCAGCGGCGGCAAGAAGGGCAGCGACACCGACAGCGAGCACAGCACAGCCGGUAGUCCACCGUGCCAUUCUCCGGAGCUGCUACAGCCCCCGGAGCCGGGCCACCGCAGUGGUCUGGAGUGA